AUUAAUUCGAUGUACAGCCGGCGUAAUAAAAGUCGCAACACUUUAUUUUCCGACGAAUUUCGCUACGUACUUCGUAUCCAAUAGGAAAAUGUAUUUCUUGAGAAUUACUAAAAAAAACGAAUCCUUCUAUUAACCGAUACGAACGUAAGAGCCGAAAGCGUUGCAAAGCUCAUCGAAAAAUAGCGUUUGCAACUUUAUUAUGCCGACUGUACGUCGAAUUAUAUAUAUGAUUCGCACGCGUAUUAUUUACCGUUUGAUCUUAUCUUUAAUUAUGAGGACACUUGCGGCUGUCAAAGUAGUUAAACACAACUUUGAGUCACGAUGGGCAAAUAUUUUGGCACAGCGAGGUUCGAUUUGAACGAAAUAUCGAGAUCACGAAACUGUACUGAAGGAGAUACCGAGCACGUGUGCGCUCGUAUGCGAAACUUGGCGGAAGGAAGGAACAAUUGCAGGCGUAGGAGGCACAGUUUGUUCGUCAGCACGAACCGUCCGUCUCGUCGAGUCUGUAGUACCGGCGGACUGGAUUAACUAAUGGCAACCCCGUUGGAUGGCCCGUCCGAAGCGUUAAUCAGACCGGAUGCAACGCGGAUUUCGAAUCUGGAGCGCAUCAGCGAGUGACAUAACCUGCCGUCGGGCUUGCGGACUCGCAAUAAGCGAAUUAGCACGCGUGGGAACCGCGCGUUGCGUUUCCUGCUUCGACCUAAGGGCACCAGGAGUUCCUCCAAACGAUUCUUCUCGAGCGAUUUCAUCAAUCGGAACUGCUCAGAACGUUUGGCUCUGAAUCGGCGACGCGAUGCGCCCUCGUAUCGCCUCACCGACGAGAGAUACGCUUCCUUGUCUCGAAGAUCGCGGGGAAUCUUACGGUUCAAAGGUCGCGGUUUUUUGCAUAUCGAUGAACGAUAAGAGAGAAGUAACGCUGGUAAAACGAUGUUUGCCACGAGUCGUAUCGCGUCGGCAAUCACGGUAUGUUAUUGUUGCGACCGAUAACGAAAUUGUUGAGACCUGACAAUAAAAGGCUUGUUACGGAAGCGAUAACGCAUUUAGCAGAAUAGAACGGCAGCCGCCAUCGCCGUGGCCAUCGUUAUCUCGCCCAUUAAUUGUGCGAUCUAUCCAUCCACUUGUGCGAAUACUGACCAACGUAACGUAGGUCGCGUGCCCGCGUAGUCGCAGCUUGAACUUGAAGCGUAAAACUGAGUCGAAAAAACACUUCACGCACUUUUACAUCGCGUCGAGAAUAAUUUUUAUGAAUUGAGAGGAAAAAAUAUCGCAUAAAAAGAAAGAUAUCGUCGAACUGAUGUAUUGUAGCUCUUAGUUUGAAGAUAUCGUUCAUUUUAUCCAAUAUUUUUUCCCCUCAAUUCAUGAAAAUUAUUCUUAAAUAUAACAUAAAUAUAUUUUAAUUAAAAACUACGUAGAACACCCUUUUACCGUACAGAUUACGUUUGUGCAGGUUUGUCUGGACAGGCGUUAAGAUUGCUGUGAAGUCAAGUCCUCAUUGAUACGAGUGGCCCUAAGCGAGAGAAUCGCAGCUACGAUCGUGCGAAUUCACGGUCGCGCGGCACAGGUGGGCAACUACACCAGGUGAAUGUCGCCAGGUAUACGCGUUUUCAAAUUGUCGCGUCGCGCUGCACGUUCAUUAUUAAUCGAACUUACGCACGAUGCAAUACGAUCCGUACGUACGGAACAACGGGGCGAUGCUUUAACUACAUCGUUCAUUGUUCGCGUUCUGCAAAAGCGGCCGCGCGACCGUCGAAUUCACCGUAAAAGAUCAAUUAACGCCGAUGACUGGUGUACGUGUGCGCCUCGCAAAGCACUCAGCCCGCACGCUAAUUUCGCGGAAAAUUAUAGGAGGCUUCUAGCGCGUGCUGAAUUAUACAGGGCAUAUGACGAACUUACGCGGAAUAUAUACGAGAGGAGGGAUUCGGGACAGAGGAAGGACACACGUGCACGCAAGUCGUGUAACUUCCUAGGAUCGCGAGAAGAACGGUGUCUCAGGCGCGAGACUCGCCGCCGAGCCGUUUGAUUCGUCGAUUUGCCUCGCGUCGGGGAAUCAACGCUCGAUUGAGAUUUCCGAGGUGUAUGUUUGUGUGUGUGUGAGUGCACCGAGAGUGCACCGGAAAAGCGAUAUUAAGUUUAUUCGUUUUCAUCCGAUUAGAUUGCACUUUUUGCCUUUACAUUUUCAAUCAUUUCCUCCGUAACGGCCAUUUUUCCCGGUUCUGACGCGCGGUUCGUCAUUUGUGUUCACACGACCGUGCUUAAACUCGACCCAGUUCUUAACCGUUGAAAACAAAAGAGCAGACCGGAAAGCGUCGAGUCCGGCUCUGCUUUGAUUUCGGUUGGUGUUGAACCAUUUAAAUAAAAGUACUUUAUCACCGCCCGCAUCUCAGUUUUCUCCACUCUUUAAAAACUCAUUCGCGACGGUUUACUUUGGCGCACUGCCGAACAAAGACUAAUCGAUAAAUCUCACUGUGCUGUCAUACUUAACCUAAUAUAAAAAGGUUCCCGGGAAACAUAAUGACGUAUUAACGACGUCAAGUGACAUAAUAAUUAAUAACGUAUUAAUAACAUCAAAGACGUCAUUAUGUUCGCUCUGUUACGAAGUACGAAGGUGGAUUUGGUGGAAUGCGUGACUUAUCUCUGUAAUGGCCUACACACCAAAAUAUAUCACAGAGAUAUCUGGGAAAGAUGUCAAGAUAUCACAGAGAUUUACUCAUAAGGCGGUUUAUCAAACAAAGUUCGUGCGCGUUUAGACACGAAUAUACACGUUCGCACGUUGCACAUUCGCUCAGCGUAUAACCUUAAAGCGAACAGGUCUCUUAUCGCACGGGCGCACGCCGCUUGAGCGUAGACCCCGAUAGAAAAGCUCUCUGGGCGCUUUUCGCCCUCCCGACAAUAUGAGCCAUUCGUGCCAAUCAGCACAUCCUCAUUGCGCUCGGGCAUGAUUCUCAUUACCCGGUCCAAUUGUUUCGCGAAUUCAGCCCCGCGCGCGUUCCCCCCCGAGCAUUGCGACGUUCAUUGUCGCAGGAUGAACGCGCGUAAACGAGCGGCCGUCAAUUCGCCGUGCCGAAUGGCUCGAACGCCGCCCGCACGCACACACAUCCGCCCGCGUCAAUUCGCCUUGCGUUUACAAUUCUAAAAUACGCGCUGUGUGCGCGCGCGUCCUGGCCCUCCUUUAACCCACUUCGAUCGCGUUACCCGCGCCGUUACGCAGAAUUAAGCCGCUGAUAAGCGUCGAAGAUCGACCUAACAGGCUUAUAACGAAGUUCGUCGAAAAUUGCAUUACCACCGUAGGAUACAAUGUAGUGUAUAGCGAGCAGCGGCGACGGCGGCGGCGGCAACGGCUACAGGCACAAUGUUGCCAGACCGCGACAGAAUAAUUUCGACUCCUUCGCCGUCGCUUAAACGCGCGCACACAACAGCCCUGUAAAAAAUGCAGUCGAUUCGCGCGGGGGAGUGAGGAGAGAGGUUACCUGUUACGGAUUCGAAGGAAGAGGGUGCGGGAGAACGAAAGCGGCAGGAUUUCGGCGGCGUUUCGGCUCUUGGUGUUUUUCGCGAAUCGAGCAGAACGACGCAGGACGCGCGAGCGCACGCGUGCGCGCGCGUGCACGUAGUGCCCACGCACACGCGCGCCGCCGGCGUCGGGCGUAGGGAUACACGCGCGUUGCGUUUCGGGCGUCGUCUGCUGGGCACUACUUUCGCGGCCGCCACACUCGUCGAGAGGAGACACGACGCCGGACGAAGGAUGAGAGCGAAUUUUCAGGGCCGAGAGGAGGCGCACAGCGAGGCCGGGCGAUCGAGCGAGCGAUUCGCCGUUUCGUCGCACGAGUGAAUGCAGGAAUUCGCCCAUUUCGCCGGUGACUUGCGUUCCUCCUCUGCGACGAGCGCGCCCGUAAUCGCCGCCGUUGCGACGCACGAUCGGAAUUAAUUGAUACGAAAUAUUUCGAUAUAGAUGAGAGCGCGCGGAGAGAGCAAUUUCGCGAAGGCGUCGCAUCGCGAACUCUCAUCCCUUCGUCGGGAUAAUUUAUCGAGCGAUUUAUUCGGACGAUACGCGCGCGGAAGGGAGGAGGAUGUCUACGCGUUUCGUUCGUUCGGCGAAUAAAAAGUAACCGACUUGCUCGUACGACGUGUAUCCUCGAAGACGUAAAAGCCCGUCGAUAAGGGGGGGGGGGGAUUUUUCUUGAUGCAUCCACGACAAUGAUUCAUACGAUAAAGGCGUAUCCUCCCCAGAUUCCGCCGUUAUUGUAUUUUCCACGUCAUCUCUCAACCCCGUCAAAAAUUCCAGAUAGGAUCGGCUGACGAAUAAAUUGUCGCGUUAUCUUUCGAUUGCCGGGAUCUUAUCGCUAAGUUGUUAUCUGAAUUUGUUUCGCUUCGAAAUCUCCGAACGUCCCCGGGAAAAGGGAGAAUGCACGGUGGCUGCGCCCCCCCCCCUCCCCGCGUCACGCCCAAAAUUGCAACGUCGAGCCGGUCCGCCGAAAGAGUCACAGCCGCUGUAAAAACUCAUUAAGGAGGAGCCCUUCGGAGUAUUCCGCUCGCGAUCCGAGCCCGAGGAAAGAAAGAGACUCGAAUCCUCGAGCGUCGCGUCGCGUCGCGCGGCGGAACCCCACACACACACACACACACUCCGCGUUCUCCCCUUUCCUUCGAUUAUUCAUAGGAACAAUUACAUGGUCGCGUCAUCAAGAUCGGACGGCGCCUCCUCGCGCUUCGCAAUAUCGCUCCGCGCAAUUUGUAAUUACGGAGAGCGCGCGGCAUCGAGCGUACAUCCAUCGCGCGGCCGGGAUCGAUAGCCCGGCUCGAAGCACGCAGCCGGCUGAGAGAGAGAGAGAGAGAGAGUCGGUAUUUUCAAAUUUUUAGGUUAUAGUACGCGAGAUAUCCGCCGUACGGGCGCGGGUGGGGAAAAGAGGGUGAUAGGACUAGGCGGGGGACUACUUCGCCGGGGCGAAGAGAAUCGUCGUGCGGCGGCGACCCGCCGGCGCGGCACCUGCCGGGCUGCGCGCGCGUCCGACACGGUGCGAGCGAACGUGGCAAAUGACGGCGGGGAAUCCGUGCGAUUGGCCGAACGGCAGGGGCGCGCGGUUGCUAAGCAACGGCAACACCGCGCGCGCGUUACCGGCCGGCACAAACGGAGCAGAGAGCGGCUCUCUCGGCACACAGUGGCGCAGAAUUUCAGAGCAGAACGACGGCGGCUUCCGUGGAGUGCGUACGCGGCGAUCGUAAACUGUAUACCCGUGCGAAGCCGUGGGAGAUUACUCACACGGGCACUUUCUCCCCCUCCUUUCUCUCUUUCUCUCUUCUCUCUCUCUCUCUCUCUUUCUUCUUCUCUCUGUCUUCUUCUCCUUCUCUCUUCGUCUCUCCGCCUCCUCCGUCUGUCGCUCCGCCGGACGCGGACGGUAAACGCACGACGCACGCUCCCUUUCUUGACGUAUCCCCGCCGCGGCAUCCGGGGUACCUCAGUCUCGCGGUAAAGGACGUCGCGAAAGCUCGGCCCCGAGAGUUUCAGAGCGUCUGAGAGGAGGACGGCGUAAAGAUGGCAGAGGACAAGAACGAGACCAGCCCGAGCGCCGAGGGCGAGAAGCCGCCGCAGGAAACGACGGCGGCGUCACCGCCGGCCAAGCCGGACAAGGAAGAGCCGACGAAGGAGUGCAAGGAGGACGAGAAGAAAGUCGAGGAGAAUGGCGACGGCGAGAAGCCGAAGGAGAACGGCGAGGAGAAGCCCACGCCGGAGCCGAAGGACAUGCGGGCGAUCGUGCUCAACGGUUUCGGCGGUCUGAAAAGUGUCAAGGCCCUGAGGAAGCCGGAACCCACCCUCGGCGAGGGAGAGGUCCUCAUACGAGUCAAAGCCUGCGGCUUGAACUUCCAAGAUUUGAUGGCCAGACAAGGAGCGAUUGAUUCGCCCCCGAAAACUCCGUUCAUCAUGGGUUCGGAGUGCGCGGGCGACAUCGAGCAAGUCGGCGAAGGAGUCGAGAACUUUAAGGUGGGCGAUAGGGUGGUCGCCCUUCCCGAUCAUAAAGCGUGGGCAGAGCUCGUGGCUGUACCGGCGACGUCUGUUUUCGCGCUACCACCUGGGAUGAGCUACCUAGACGCGGCAGCCAUCACCAUGAACUACACCGUGGCUUACAUUUUGCUCUUCGAGUUGGCCAAUCUCACACCCGGCAAGAGCCUGCUGCUUCACAGCUCCGGCGGCGGUGUGGGUCAGGCGGUGGUCCAGCUCGCGAAAACCGUGAAGGACGUGACCAUCUUCGGUGUCUGCAGCAAAUCCAAGCAUGAAGCACUGAAAGCCGCCGGAACCAUCGAUUAUCUUUUGGAGCGCGGCACGGACUACAGCAACGAAGUCCGAAAAAUUUCCCCCGAAGGCGUGGACAUAGUCUUAGAUUGUCUGUGUGGCGAGGAAUGUAACAAGGGCUACGCCCUCUUGAAACCGAUGGGCAAGUACAUCCUUUAUGGAUCCAGCAACGUCGUCACCGGGGAAACCAAGAGCUUCUUCUCCGCAGCGCGAUCAUGGUGGCAAGUCGACAAAGUGUCGCCUAUAAAGCUGUUUGACGAGAACAAGACAUUGUCUGGAUUGAAUCUGCGCCACUUGAUGUACCAGCACGGCAGCCACGCGUUUGUACGACGAGCAGUGAAUCAAGUGUACACAUUGUGGAGCGAGGGCAAGAUUAAGCCGAUGGUAGACUCGACGUGGGCGCUGGAGGAUGUGCCCGAAGCCAUGCAAAAAAUGCACGAUCGUAAGAAUAUCGGUAAGAUCGUUCUGGAUCCGAGUCUGGAGCCAAAGCCCAAACCAGCUACACCGGCUAAAGGCAAGGCGAAGGACAAGAAGGCCGCGAAUCAGGAAGAGAAGAAAGCGUCUAGCGUAGAAUCGGAGGAGGGGGAGAAGAAGAAGGAACCGGAAUUGACAAAUGGCACCUCCGAAGACAAAUCUGAUAGCGAUUCGAAAGAAAAGGAAUCUAGCUGAAUUAGCAGUAGUAACUAAUCCAAUAAGACAGAGAAACUGAUGCCCAGAAACAUCAAGAAUUCCCAGGAAAGUACUAUUACUGAGAGACGAUCCAUCGUUGUUGCCCGAGAACAAAAAAAGAAAAAGAAAAAAAGAAUUGAAUUCGAUCCGAGUAAUCAUCAUCAGUGGUAUCGCGCAAAAUUGACAUGCAGAUGAUCCAUAACGAGAGAACUUAUGUUCCAUAUCGUACGACAAUUAUAACGCGGCAGGGGGGGAGGAUAAUCUUCGAACGGUUGGCCUGCCAUACGCGGACGGAAUAUUGGUACGAGGUUUCAACUUAGCGAAGUAAUAGAUCGCUUGCGCUGUAAGGUACACCCUUUUUCUUUCCUCUUACGUCCCUGUAACGGACGCUCUCUUCACCGUUUGUCAUCUGCAUGUGUCUAUUCUCCUCACAUUUGCGCCGAGACAGAAGGGUUCUGACGCGAACCACGAGCGGAGAAACGACAAGCGUAUCGUGUAAGAACGAGAGAAGCAACCAAAUAGAAGUAACAAUCUUGACGCGGUCCACAGUAGUUUACAGAAUAUAAGAACGUUAUGUUUAUUUUUUCACACCGACCAAAUGGUUAAUUUUGCGAGGAGUUGUGUGAACAGCUGUUGGAUAUCGCAGAUAAUCGUUAAGCAGCUUGGUUCCUUUCCUCUUAUCACUACUGCUACCAUUGUAUCGUCUUGGGAAAUGGAUGCAACAGCAUUUCCGUACUUAUCGUACUUGUCGAGCUUAUGGGACGACUAACGGGGAACGUGAGCUGUUUAAUAAUUGUGGCGUUGUCCAACAGCUAUCUACUUGGCUCUGUCUAUUUGUAUCAAAUAUUAUCGCUGCUACUACGAUAUAUACUAACAUUCUCUUACACUAAUAUAAUAUUACCUCUAUUUGUAAUUUAAUGGGAUAAAAUAACGUAAUUCCGCUGAAGUCGAGUUUCCAUGGGAAAGCUAUGAAUGCGCGGAGCUGCUUAUUACUUUCGUAUGUAAAUUUUAUGUACCAGAGAUGUUUUUACGCCACACUUUAUAUUAUUCAUCCUGACACGUUUGUCGGAUGGAAUAUCCUUUUAAAUUCUAACGAUAGCCACAUGAAAGUCGAGAGUAACAUUUAGUAUUACGUAUAACGCGGCAUUUCGCUGGGAUUUGGACGCUUUUUUCAUACUUUCAUACUUGGUAGUUUUCACGUAAAAUUAAUUAUAGGCUUCGGAGAUUUUCUACGCGACAAUUUUGAAGGAGCAUCUAAACGUAACUGCCUGAGAGAGCCGAUUGCAGUCGGUGGUUUUCCAAAUCACGCGCAUUGAUCUUUAGCAACGAUAUAGCAACGAGAUGCUUUGAAAAUGUUUCUAGCUAAGUUUUCGAUGGAAUCCAACGUGAUGAUGUACUUGUUCAAGAACGAGUCCAUCGGUAGACUUUUAUCCCGUGCUGAAAAUUUCAGAUAACGAUCGGAUUCGGAGAGAUCUAAUUAAGAAUUAACUGAUAUAUAGCACGAGAUAAUUAAGUGAAAAUCUAAUUAGACUGAUUAAUUACGGCUUGAAACUUGUAACAAGCCUAGUAGAGACAUUACUCGGCACAAAAGUGCUUCGGGAAUUAUCUUAGCGAAUGUUGGCGUAUUUGAUUUCUACGUAAAAUUUUCGAAUCAGUUUGAACGAAAAGGAAGCAGAUCGGAGCGUAUACGCGCUCGAUAUAAAAUGUCUCACAACGUUUUUAUUCAGACGUGCGAAUCGAUGAUGUACUUUAAAGGCUCCGAGUAACUUUAUUGUUUAAAUGAAAUUUUAUAAACAUAUUUAAUGACGUUGCAUCAACAUAUGUACAUGAAGAGUAAUUUAACGAAUUAGCGUCGUAGAAGCUUAAAGUAUAUCGCUUUUUUCAUAAGAAGGAACGACAGUUUAAAGGUAAAAUACGCAAGGCCUCAUUUUUUAAAUGUCACACACUCGCGUGAAUACAGUUGUGUCGAACCUAAAGCCGAACGCGUGACUACGGCCCGACGAGUUACGUUGAAUCCGCAUUGCGGUUUUUCCUCAAACUUUCGAACCUUCGCGUAAUAUUUUCGACGAUUCGGUCGUGAUGCAUUGUGUCUCGGCCGUUCCGUGUGAAUGAUAGCAAGAAGGACGCGUUAUCACACUAACGGUGAUCUGUUGAGCGAGAAGGUUUCAUAGUAAUAUAAACGAUGGAAGAUCGGGGGAUCCUCACGAGAGGAUCUCGAGGAGAUAAGGAUAAAAGAAAGGAGAACAAAGAAAAAAUGCAAAGAUCUCGAGGGUGUGCCCUCGGCGGAACGCGGCUCGCCGGAGGAGCUGGCCGGUGCAGAACAAAGUGCAUAUCUCUCCGUUGGAACGUUGGAACAAUUUUGGUGUAGCCGAUUUCGUUAGGAUUUGAUACUAGCUCUGUAUACCGAUAUCUAUAUUAUACAAAUCACUAUGCGAAGAAGAAUAGACGCGGACGAGGGGGAAGAUAUGUGUCGACGAUAUAUCUCAGCGCGAAUAUCUCAUCGGAAAGAGGGAGAGAAAAAGAGUCGCGCAAGAGCGCCAAGAAGAAUUACUGCCGUAUCGAAUCUCUCGAUCCAAAAAGUACAUACUUGCUAUCUUACUCAUCAAGAAAACGUAUCGAUCCGAGGAAAAAAAAAUACAAAAAAAGUAUACACGAUAUAAAAAAAAAUAAUGCGAAAAACAUGGUAAAUGUGGCUGCAUAUUUUGAGACAUCUUUUAAACACGUAAGAUACACUUAAUCCCGAAGUAUACACACGAGGUAACCGAUAACACACGAAUACACACGAGACACACGCCCACACACGAAUAACGAUGACACACACAUCAUACUGUAUAUUUUAUUGUACGGCUUUAAAUGUUUCAUCAAAUAACUCUAUUAUAUUAUAAUAUAUCUAUAUAUUUGUAUCGAUCGUUUCCUCCUGCCCUGAUUUUUCAUCUAGGUCCGUAGCACGAACGUCAGAAACGAUGAUUAUAAUCCGGAAUGUUGUGAAUGUUACUACACGCUGUAGGAUCGGGCGAGGGCUUCAAAUGCACACGAAAGAUAUAUAUAGAGAGAGAGAGAGGGAGAAAGAGAGAGAUAGAAAGCAACGCGUUUGUUUGGAAAAUCGAUUUUGCGGCGCAGAACGCGUGUCGCAUGAGAAUAAUUGAUGAUAUUGAUCGAACGACCGAGUCUUAAGCACAAAAGCCCGAAUACGAAAUUGCGCUUUCGUGAAAUGUUUUGCGCCCUUUUCAAUGCAGAUCAACCUCAUGUUCGAUUUAGCGAACGUCAUCCGUUUCGAUAUUUUCUGUAUAGCUAGACACGGUAUAUCCAUGUAUAUUCUCAGUUAUUUCCUCUCGACAAGAGAGAAGGAGAGGAAAUUUCGGAUACUUUGCGCGUUCAAAUAACCUCCGAUCAAAAAAGGUUUCACGUUGGGGACGAGCAUGAGCUCCUUUUAAUUAUUGAUUUUCAAUUAUCCGCACAUCAGACCGGAAACGUUUGCCUAAAGCGGACCCAAGCAAACGAGCGAUAACGAGAUUCCAUGCUAUCUUCCCUUUAAUGUCAUGGGCGAAGCGUAUCUUACAACUAUGAGAAGCUUAUGCAACUUUGCAAGAAUAUCCCGACUAGGAGUAUCCGAGUCGCGCGAACAAAGUGUGACGAUCUGUCGCGGAAGGGAGACGCUUCGGUAGCUGACUGUAGAAGUUUCUAGGCGUUUUAUAAAAAUACAUAUUUAUCACGUCGCGCCGGUGACGUCGCUCGCGUUAGUUAGUCGCUUGAUCACGUCGCUUUUAUAAUGAAAUUUACGAGACGAUCAAACCUCUUCAACAAUGACAAUCCGCACAUUCAAGCGAACUGGGACGAAACGUUCGAUAAUAUUUUAGGAAUCGUUAUCAACGCAGAGAAUGAUAAGGAGAGAGAGAGAGAGAGAGAGAGAGAGAGAGAAAGAUCACUCGCAACUGCUGCAAAAAAGGGGUACGCGGCGGGAGUCCGUUUCCGAACUUCAGCUUGAUGUGUAGUCGAACUCGAAGUAUAGUUUUGCGAAAAAAGGGCUCGUCGAGGCUAAUUAUACAUGAUGAUCAUUCCGUUGGCACGAUAGGUAAAAAGAUAAGGAGAAAAUGAAAGAGAAAGAGUGAGAGAAAGCAACGCGCGUGCGUCUUAUUAGUUGUGCGAAUCCGCAUCGUUGGAGAGAGAAAAAGAGAGAGCAGGACCUACAGUUUCACGACCGUGAUACAUUAUAAUUAUGUGUAAAAUUGUAAAAUUCGUCGAGGGGUCCGGGCGAAAGCAAAACGCGCCUCUUCCCGCCGUGAGGUUCUCGCCGCGCGAUCAACUUCGCCGAAGAUGCUCACGAGAGAAGGAAAGAAGUCUUUUUCGCCCGUUCCCCGCCAGGCUUGACAUAUAGAUUGUAUUUUUGGCUUAUUAUUGUAAGACUGACUAUGUUGCUAUAUUAAAGAUUGCUUCGAAAACA